AUGGAGACGCAACGAUUUGGGAAGCUUCGGGACGGCGGGAAGGGAAGAGGGGAGGGUCCACACGAGCACAUGUCAGAUUUAGGAGGAGGGACACACCUACCUUACCUGCAAGCCUUCACCACCAACCAGGGGACGCGUGUGUAUUAUCGCCGCUGGGACCUUGCAUGCCUGGAAGUUCAUUGCGAGAUUCACAGGAUAGGCACCUCCUUGAAGAGACUCGAGUUACUGCUAGCUAAGCCAAGCUGGAGAGGAACUACAGGCACCUGCGCUGUUGGCGCAUCUUCUUUCCCUUGGCCCUCAAUCUUGACCCGUCAAUCACUGGGCCUACCUACUGGACUAACAAGUCUCAACUCGGACAAUUGCCUCGCCUGCUGGGUCACGCGCAGAAGCUCCCUGCCUGCCCCCCGCCAUCCCAUUAGCCCAACCGCCAACCCCACCAGCGAUCCCGCCAUCAGGCAGCCUCGGGUUCCCGCAGGCAUCAACUCAGCCGCUCACUUCGUGCCUCGUCCAGCUUCACGCGCGGCUUGCCUCGCCUCUAUUCUCUGGCCGAUCCUCUUCCUCAUAUUCUGCUCUAUGCUCUCUUCCGGCCCCUCGCGAGCCCUCUUCCUACCUACCGCGCGCACGCAUUUACAGCAUCUCUGCCUCUGCCAUCUUGCACCUACCACCGUCGCCGCUGAGAAACGAGCUGCCCGCGACCUGCUUGAUUCAUGGGCCCGUCGACGAGUCAUCGCUUGGAGUGAAACGUCACCACGCCCGCCUUGCCGUCGCGAUACUUUGCUUGCCCGAGUGAGCAGUCCCGCGGCUUCGAACCAGACGCAAACGCAACCACAAUCUUCACCACCUUCGCCGUCGUCGGCCAACGCAGAAACGCCCGCCGCAGCAGCUGCAGGACUCUCUGCCUCUGAGCCCACGCUCCGCUUCCCCAGGCCGCGCGUGAACAAGCAGCUGGCGAAUUGGAUAUCGAGCAGCAACCCCAACAUCAUGGAGCUGGCUCCGAACCACGACGACAACGGCCUGAGCGAGUCAACCUACGAGCUCGUCUCGGGUCCCAACACCGACACCGAGGAGUCUCCGGAUGACAACUACCCCGGCUCCAUCAGCGAGUCCGUGGGCUCGCUCGACCGGGCAGAUGAUGUCCGGAGCUUGGACGGCACGGAUGACUCGUACGAGACCGAGUCUGCCGUUGACGAUGGCGCAUCGUCUGACCGCGAUGAAACCGAGGAAGAAGAGGACGACGAGGACUCGGUGCACGAAGACACCGUGCUGGCCGAGUCCCAGAUAACAAACGAGGACAACAAGCUCGAGCCCUUCCCGGUCUUCGAGAACGAUAUCUACUCGCAGUCAUCGCUCGAGUAUACGCAUCAGAGCCUGGGGACCCCGUCCUUCCCGACUCCCGACGCCAGCCGAGUCAUCGAGCGGCCCGCCGAUGAUGAGAAGAAGAAAUCGUGGAGCACCAAGGCGUCCGAUGCUUUGGAGGCAACCAGGCUUCUAUUCAAGGAGGCUGGGCUUGAGGCGACGUGGGAGUUUUUCCCCAGCUUCAUGUUCGUCCUUGUCGCCCUGAUAGGCCUCCACAUCUUCCUUCCAGCAUCCCCAUCCUCUGGUGCGGACAAGCAAAUGCCGCCCCCCAUCACCGCGACAGUCACGACGACGUCCUAUCUCACCUCUUCUUCUUCGUCAUUACCGACUUCCAGCAGCAGCAGCCUUGUGCCUUCAUCUACCAACGGCGUGGCCCUGAUGCCCAUUAGCGAUGCCCAGUCAGUCGACUGGAUUUUCGGCGCCAAGAGGCCGACCGUGUCAUUCACUGCCGAAGCAAAUAAUGAGAUUGUGAUUCACAUUCCCGAGAACAUCAAGAAGACGUGGCUGACCAAGGACUGCCUGACGGUGACUACCAAGAGAGACGAGGUCCUUGUCGACACCACCGUAUCGCCGGUGGACGAGGGCCUCCGCCUCAAGUUUGCCAAGAGAGAUUCUCACGGCGUCAUCAGCGUCGUCCUCGAAGCCAGCUGCCGCCCAAAGAUUCACAAAGUGGUUAAGGUCCGCUUUGUCAAGGGCUUGAUGGAGGGCGCUCUGGAGCGGACCAAGCAUCUUGCCCACGAUCUCUCGGGCCUCGUACCCGCGGCUGCUCAGGAGGCAGAGCGGUGCAUCGAGAAUGCAAAGCAGUCACUGGGCUCGGCAUGCCAAAACGUCUGCCACACAGUCAGCGAGACCGUCUCCAAGACUUUUGGCGGUAAGCUGGCCAGCAUCGCAGAUGUGCGGCAGCACCUGGGAGACCUUGCCAUGACGGCCAAGGCGCAGUUGGAUGAGGCCGCCAGCAAGAUUGACGUGAGCAAGAUCGAGUCUCUGCUUAAGAAGGAUCUGCCCUGGGUGAAGGACGCCCAGAACAAGCUGCAGCUCCAGCUCCUUGACGCCCAGCUGUCGGCCAAGCUCUGGUGGCUGCAGGCCUUUGGCAGCGCCGAGGAGCACGAAGAAUAUCUGCGCAAGGCCAAGUCCUAUUCGGCCGACAAGCACGCCGCGGCCGCAGAGAUGAAGCACGCCGAAAAGGACUCACCCGAGCUGUUGAAGUCUGCCUCACGGUUUUGGGCCAGACUUGUAAAUCAAGCCGCACCAUAA